CGUACUCUUAUGUUUUGCAUGCCUUAGCGGUUAGACCAUUGACCACGCGUCCUCGAGAGGACGGAGCAUUGUUCCCACAGGACCGAUCACCGAUGGUGCUGAAGGCGGCGUGCGCUGACCUGAAGCUGGAGAGCAACGUGGCCGCGGCGCCCGCGCAGGAGGCUCCGUGGCUGACAACAUCGCGAGAAGACAGGCCGUUGACUUCGGUGCAGCAGCUUGCCCACGAGGCUUACAUGAGACAAGACUCCCUGACGCUGGAGCAGGUGGCCGCCAGGAUGCCGCGACCGGUGGCUAUUGGGACGUUCGCGGGCCACCUCGCGGCGUGCUUGGAGGCAGGCUUGACUUUCGCGUGGGACCGCCGGCGCCUCGGCAUCGACCUUGACCUGGAGCGCAAGAUCCUGGACAUCUUGGACGGCUUCAAGCAAGAAGGGCACGACCCGCUGGCCUCAGGCUUUCGGCUUAAACCAAUCUUCGAGAGGCUGCCUCCAGGCACAGAGAGCAAGACCGCCUAUAGCAUGAUCAGACUGGUGCUGUCGAGGCUGCGGUUCGAAAGCGGGGGAGGGCGGCUCCCGGGGUCGGGGGGCGAGGUGCUCCGCCCUCAAGCGAACGCCGUGGCCACCGGCCCGCCGUCCUCUGGCGGGAAGAAGCGAGCGCUGCCUUCAUGGGCAGGAGGCGCGGCCGGCGGCAGCGGCGCGCCCCCUCCUGCCAAGCGGGUAUCCCCGCCUAAGUCGGCCUCGGUUUGGUCCCCAGCCUCGAGCAACAGCGGCGGCGACAGCAGAGGCGGCGGCGGCGGCGGCGGCGGCGGCCGUAGCGGUAGCGGUAGCGGUAGUGGCCUCUUCACACCGUCCUACGCGACGACGCCGUCGCCCCAAGCCUCGUCCGCCUCCUCCUCGAGGAAGCUAACCUCGUCGGCCGCUUCCACGAAGAUUUUCACGCCUCCUUCUUCUUCGCACGGGCCGUCACCGCGAUCGACGGCAUCGUCUUCAGCGGCGGCGGGGGCGGCGGCGGCGGCGGUGUCGCCCCCGACUGCCGCGGCGAGACUCUUCACGCCAUCAUACGCGCCGUCCGCUUCUGUGGCGGGGAAGGCGCGGCGGCAGCCGGGCGAUGCUGCCGCGGCCGGUGUCGGCGAUCAACCGGAGCCGUGGACGCCGGAGGUUGUGCUGAGGCUGAUCAAGGAAGCCGGCCCAUCAGGAGCGAGCUGCAAGGCGAUGGUUUCGGCGAACCCUGGAGGAAGUGAAAAGGCGCUGAGGACGUUGCUGGACGGCAUGCAGGAGGACUUUGUGCUUUUCACGAAGCCGGCAGGAGCGAGUGGCGGAGCACCGACCUUUCUGGCUCUGUAGCCUCAAGUGCAGGAGAGAGCGAACGUACGCUCAUCAUCCUGAGAUUUAUUCGAACUAUGCAUGUGCGCAUGCGUACAUUUUCGGAGUCAUGGGAAAUGACCAUCAGAUCAUCGAUGUUUCGCACUGGUACUGAGUUUUAUAGGAAAGGAAUAGGGGGCACCCACCCCGUACUGGGAGCAGAACCCCCCCCCCCCUUCUUGCUGCCGGCUUUUCCACAUGUUGGACAUUUCGUAUACCCUGAAUGCCCGCACCUUGAACCACGAACAAGGGCCAUGCCCUGCUGCGCGUGCUCAGGAAUAGUUGGUAUUCGUCUUGGGUGACCCCGGGUUGGUGCGUCAAAGUUGUGCCAAAAGGAAAUGAAUGGCGCCCAGAAAAGAUAGACAGAACAAGUCAAGCUAUGAUAUCGAGCGAUUGAUUGUGGUAAUAUGUUAUUGUUUAUGUCUUUGUGUGGGGACCACUGCCUUAGUUUUAUGUCUUCCUUACGUUGUGUCGAUUUUUGGGUCAGCUUGUGACCACGAAAACAUCAUGGUUUGUCGUGAGGGGUGGACAGACGAGUUUAUGGGUAGAGGCCCGAGCGAUAAUUCACGACAUUACGA